AUGCAAGAUGGUGCAGCUGUACACCGUGCUAAUCGCGUUUACGAAUGGUUUGAAGAGGAGGAAGUGCACGUUAUGGACUGGCCUGCCAAGUCCCCUCACCUCAACCCUAUAGAAAACUUUUGGGAGAUCUUGGCAAGGAAAGUGUACGCACAUGAAAGGCAGUUUAAUAAUAUCGAUGAGCUACUCGAAUGUAUAAUGGACUGCUGGGAAAAUAUCAACACUGAGACGUUGGAUAAGUUAGUAGGAAGCAUGCAGAAGCGUUGCCUUGACUGUGCGAUGGCCAAAGGUGGCCCUACGAAGUACUGA